GUCCGAGUCAAGUGAAAAAUGUUCAAUAAGUAUCCAACCAAAUGCAACAACACAGAACUUCAAAGACAUGAAAUUCCAAAUUCAUCAUCGUCGUUGUCAUCAACAAAUCAACAACCUCGUCGAAGCACGACGAAGUCAUCAUCAUCAUCAGGUAACAAUCAAGAAUGUCGCCGGGCCGAGUUUAAAUCAAAAGGCAGCAGUAGUAGUAGUGACAGCGUGCAACUAACUGAUCAUCAGCAAACGCCGAGAAAGCGUGCGCUGCUUUGCGGAGUUAGUUACAGGGAGCGCAAAUUCAAACUCAAGGGUACUAUCAAUGAUGUUAACAACAUCAAAUCUUUGUUGACUGAAACUUUUCAUUUUCCAUCCGAGAAUAUCAGAGUCCUCACAGAGCAAGAGAAAAAUAAAGACAAGAGUCCGACCAAGAAGAACAUUCAGAAAUAUUUGAAAUGGCUUGUGGCCGACUGCCAGAAAGGGGACUCACUGGUGUUCUACUUCUCCGGGCACGGGCUGCGACAACCCGAUUUCAACCAAGAUGAGCAAGACGGGUUCGACGAAACAAUCUGUCCAGUUGAUUUCAUGGAAGAAGGCAUGAUUCUUGACAACGAAAUUAAUUCCACCAUUGUUCAGCCUCUCUCUGAGGGUGUCACACUACAUGCAAUUAUCGAUGCUUGUCAUAGUGGAACCAUGCUCGAUCUUAUACAUAUCUACGACAGAGAAAAGAAGAGGUGGACAGAUAACCGCCCUCCAAAUCAAUCAAUAUGGAAAGGUACAAAAGGUGGAUUAGCAAUCUCCAUUAGCGCUUGCGAAGAUCAUGAAUUUGCUGCUGAUACCGCUGCUUUGAGUGCAGGAGCGACAAUGAAUGGUGUAAUGACAUUCUUUUUAGUACAAAUAGUGAAGGAACAUCGUGGAUUAACUUAUGAAGCUUUGCUCGACUUGAUAAACAAGAGAAUCGAACAAGCUAACUUAGAAGGUUGUGCUCUAGCCAAGUUAAUCAGAAAAUUGUUUCGCGGCAACAGAAUAAUACAGCGACCUCAACUUUCGGCUUCAGAGCGCUUUGAUGUUACGCAAAAACAUUUUGAUUUAUAGCCACAAAGCUUCUCAAGGGUCUCUCCAAAGCACCAACCAUGAAGAGGAGUCUCUUCUUGUUUUUCAUUCUGCCAACACAUCUAAUUAAUAACAAUAUUGUGUGUUGGUGUUUGUUAAGAAAGAAAUACAAUAUUUAUAAAGAGUACAAUAAAAGAAAAUAAAAGAUAAAAUCAUGGUCAAAUUUA